CAAAACAUGAACUUGACGGAAACCCAUUAUUGGGGCACAGAAAAGUUUUAAAACUUAGAGUACUAGUAUUUAGACACAACAAUUAAAUAAUACAUCUAAGAGAUCUCUCAAAUCCGACGAGGCGAUGCUGUUUAGCGCUUCAGCGACCCCGUUGACGCCAAGCUUCUGUCCGGAGAAAGGACCCCUUGUCCAUGUUCCGAUGAGACGCUCUGGCGCAUCAAUUCGGUCGUCGUCGGCGUCGGGCUCGUCCAACAACUUCGAUCUGAGGAAGUAUUGGACAACGCUAAUCGGAGAGAUAAACGAGAAGCUAGACGAAGCGAUACCGGUAAAGUACCCGGCGGGGAUCUACGAGGCGAUGAGAUACUCAGUACUCGCACAAGGCGCGAAGCGAGCCCCUCCUGUAAUGUGUGUGGCCGCCUGCGAGCUCCUUGGUGGUGACCGCCUCGCCGCUUUCCCCACCGCCUGUGCCCUAGAAAUGGUGCACGCGGCUUCACUGAUUCACGACGACCUGCCCUGUAUGGACGAUGAUCCAGUGCGGAGAGGGAAGCCAUCAAACCACACAGUGUACGGGGCAGACAUGGCCAUCCUCGCAGGUGACGCUCUCUUCCCACUCGGCUUCCAGCACAUUGUCUCCCACACGCCUCCUGAGCUUGUUCCCCGAGCCACCAUCCUCAGUCUCAUCUCCGAGAUUGCCCGCUCCGUCGGCUCCACCGGUAUGGCUGCAGGUCAGUACGUUGACCUUGACCUUGAAGGAGGAGGCCCCUUUCCUCUUUCCUUUGCUCAGGAGAAGAAAUUCGGAGCCAUGGGGGAAUGCUCUGCCGUCUGCGGGGGGCUCUUGGCCGGUGCCUCCCACCACGAGCUCGAGGCGCUCCGGAGGUACGGGAGAGCCGUUGGAAUGCUGUAUCAGGUGGUGGAUGACAUCACAGACUAUAAAUAUGAUGAUGACGACAAUAAGAAGAAGAAGAAGAAGAACUAUGCGGGUCUCUUUGGAGCAGAGAGGGCAAUGGAAAUGGCGGAAGAGCUCAGUGUAAAGGCCAAGAAGGAGCUCCAAGUCUUUGACAAGUUUGCAGCUGUUGCUCCUCUCUACAGCUUCGUUGACUACGCUGCUCACCGAGACUUCCCUCUUCAUCUCUGAUUUAUCUAUUUGGGCCUCCUUCCAAUAUGGAUAUGGGCCUUCAUUCUCAUACGUGUUGUGUCCGACGAUGAUGUCUGAACCCAACAUAUAAAUAUUAUUUUAUGCUUCAGUUC